UUAUGAAAUUAGCAGUGUAUUUAAGCAGUAUACUGCUGCUGGUUGAGAGGGUUAGCCCCAAACUAUUUCUGGUUACUGCUAUGGUGAAAAAAGGGAGUGUUUUGAAAACUCUGAUAACAAAUGGAACAGACAGUCAGCUUUCCUUUAGAAGUGAUGGAGACGAAGUAGAAGACCUUGGCAAGUUUUCAUUCCGAAGUGACACUGCUGAAGAUGAGAAGCCUCCAGUGUUUAGAACUGAAGCUGAUGAUGCAGAACUAGCUGAGAAUCUGAUCAACCAAAAAGAUCCUGAGAAUCCAGAAGAGCAAGUUCCACAGGUCCAGGAGGAGCAGCAGAAAGGAAACAGAGCUCUAGUGGACAAUCUACCAACUGAUGAUGAAGCAGCUGAAGAAGCUCCUUCUGAUGCAGCUGCUGAGGAAGAUACUAAAAAUGCCGACGUCAUUGCCACUGCUUUCAAUGCUACUGCUCAAGCUCUUGCAAGUGCUGUGAAUGCAUCAUCACAAGCAAUGGCAUCUGUAAAGGGUUCAGGAGCAAUCACUACUGGAACUAAAGUAGAAUCUGAAGCUGAAGAUUAUGCUGCAGAAGUGGACAGUAAUGAGAAGAAGGAUGGUGAAGAGGGAUCAGCAGAUCUGUAUUACUGACAAAAUAAAAAAUAAAAACAAAAACAAUUUUUUCAACAAAAAUAA